AUGAUUUUUGAAAUCGAUUGCUUAGCAGCAAAGGUGGUCAAUUAAUUGAACACGUAUCCUUUCCAUUUUUUCAGUUUGCAACAAAUAGUAGCGGCCUGAUGCGUCAGUUCGUCACCAUCGCCCAUCGAUCGCCCCCACUCCAGAAUUCCCCAAAACCCUCAUCACCGCUCUCCCGUGUCCCUUCCGGCCGGUGUAACCAUGGAUGGUAUGCUUCCCUAGCUAGAUGGAGAGGCAAGGGAUGAACGAGCACCUGAUGAUGUACCACGCCAUGGGCACCAUACGGGACGUCCUGAGCUCCUGGCUCCCGGACCCGCUCGUCUAUGCCGGCGCCCUCCUCUCCGCCGAUUUCUCGUCCCCCGCCGGCGGGAGCGACGUCGCCGAGGAUCGAAUCAGCGCGCUCCCGGAAAGUAUCCUACGCGGCAUCGUCUCACGUCUUCCCGUCAAGGACGCCGCGCGCACCACCUUGCUCUCGUCGCGCUGGCUCCCGCUCUGGCGCUCCACGCCGCUCGUCCUCAUCGACGCCCUUGUAGUUCCGAGCGCUGGUCACGGCGGGAACGCCCUAUCCGGCGCGGUGACCGCCGUGGUGUCUCAGGUCCUGGAGGCACACCCGGGCCCCUUCCGCUGCGUCGACCUCACCAGCAACUCCAUGGCCGCACACCACGCCGAACUCGUGCGCUGGUUCUACCUCCUCGCCACCAAGGGCGUAGAGGAGCUCAUCUUCGUGAACCGGCCCUGGCCGCUCGACGUGCCCCUCCCCGUCGCGAUCUUCAGCCUGCCGUUCAUCAGGCGCCUCCACCUCGGCGUCUGGCGGUUCCCCAACACCGCGGCACUACUCUCCCGUGGCGUUGCCUUCCCCAGACUCCAGGAGCUCCGUCUCGGCUGCAUGGCCAUGGAUGACGAGGACCUCGACUUCGUCCUGGCCAGGAGUCCAGUCCUGGAGACCCUCGUGCUCUACACGAGCCAGGGGCAAGUGAACCUCGGAAUCAGCAGCAGCAGCCUGUGGUCCGUGCAGCUGUGCAUGUGCGUCGUCCAUCACGUCGCGGUCGUGGACGCCCCGCGACUGGAGCGGCUCUUCCUGUGGGAGACCAUUUCUGCUUUCUCCAGUGACAGAGUCCGCACCAGGAUCAAGAUUGGGCGUGCCCCCUGUCUGCGCUUAGUGGGCUUUCUGGAGCCUGGAGUACAUGUUCUUGAGGUCGGCGACACUGUCAUCAAGAUUGGGACAAAGGCAAGCGCAAAUACCAUGAUUCCAAGCGUCAAGAUAUUGGCGUUGAAGGUGCGUUUCGGAGUCCGCAACGAAGCCAAGAUGCUCCCUAGCUUCCUCAGAUGCUUUCCUAACAUCGAGACAUUGCAUAUUGAGUCUAGGAAAGCUGACCAACCGACUGGCACACUGAGUCGCAAGUUCUGGCAGGAGAACGCUCGUGCUGAAUGCGUGCAGUCACACAUCAAGGAGAUCGUUUUCCACGAGUACCGGGGGAAAAGAAGCGAGCUUGCCUUCAUUAAGUUCAUCCUGGAGAACGCGGAUGCACUGCAGGAGAUGGCGAUUGUGUGUGUCAAUGGUAGUUUCUCUUCGUGGGACGAGGCUGCCGCCAAAGUGACGAAGGAUCUCACCUGUGUUAAACGGGCCAGUCAGAACUGCAAUGUGGAGGUCUUGGAGAGUUCUAAUUCUAGAGGAAGUUCGUCUUGGAGCUGCCAGGUGGCAUCUGAUCCUUGUGUUAUUGACCCUUUUGAGUACUGCUACUGAGCUCGGUAUGGCCAUCUGGGUGUCUCGUGAUCCAAGCUAGCUUUCUCGGCAAUUGGUUAUGGUGUUCUCUAGUCUGUUCAUUGCAGUAUCUGCAUGCAUAUGCCACUGUCUUAACACUAGGGCAUGUAGAUAGAUAGGGAGUCCUCUAGUAGCAUAUAUCAUGACAAGCUGUAAUGGCUGAAGUUAGCAGAACAUCGACAAUCUUGCAGCUUGGUGUUAAUGAAAACUGUACAACCGAUAUCUUACUAACAUUUGUCUAUUUUA